CCCUCAAAAAUAGAAUCAAAAUGAAUGAAUCCUCAGUAUAAUAAGAAAUACCAUCAAAAGUAAAUAAAUUAAUAGCCUUGUUUAUCCCUAUAUACCAGAAAAAGUCCCCUUUUUUUACUGCAACCAGACAAUUAUCUAUGUUUAUUAUAAAUAAGCAAAUACGUGAAUGUUCUUCUCUUUGUCAUCUCAAUUCUUGAAACGUAAUAGCAAUAAUAAUAUUCUUGUUAUUAUUCUAUUUCUAACUCUUCCCUUUGUGUAUACAAAAUUGUUAUUACCUUUUUUUGUUUCACUUUUUGUUGUUGUUGUUUUGGCAUUUGGUUUGAAAAUGUCAAUAGAAGGUGUUGCCAUGGUGGAGGAACCUGUUUUAGGUGGUUCACCACUAGUGUCCAGCCCAACCUCCCCUAAGAGUAGGAUUAAAUUUCUGUGUAGCCAUGGAGGAAAAAUUCUUCCUCAGCCUGCAGAUGGACACCUCAAAUAUGUCGGCGGCGAGACACGUGUUAUCUCCGUUCCUCGCGACAUUAAACUUUCGGAACUGAUGAAGAAGCUAACUCCCCAAAUAGAGGGUGACAUGGUUCUGAAAUAUCAACUAGUACACGAGGACCUUGACGCCUUGGUCUCUGUAAAAACAGACGAGGAUCUGCGCCACAUGUUAGAUGAAUAUGAUCGUUGUGAGAGUUCAGGGAUCCCGAGGCUUCGUGCCUUCCUCUUCCCUUCAAUGCCUAUCGUAGUGGACCACCAGACGAUGCCAGCAGAGCCUCUAGAACGAUACAUCGAUGCCAUUAAUGGUAUAAUCCGCGCGAGGGAAGCAGGGCUUAGGAUACACCCACCUCUAAGCGUAAGCCAUGCCUCUUUUGGCUUUUCCUCUGCUUGUUCUUCACCAAGAUCUCCUGACAGUUGCAAUGAGGGUGUUAUCCAUGAGUCUUUGCUACAAAGUCUUUUUACAAAUAGAAGUCAACUGCACAAAGUUCAGAGUUCCCCUAGCUUUUACAAUGUCAGUAACCAGCAGCAACAUGGGCUACAUCAUAACCAUCAAUCAAUGCACCAGCAGCAACAUCACUAUUACAACUACAGGCAGCCAAACUACAGUGGUUACCAGUUAACCAAACCUCCUCAUGGUCCUGGUGAUCCAGUCAAAGGACCAGACAGGCUGUUUUCUGUUAGGUCUGUUGGUCGAAGCGAGGGGCUAAGGUAUCAGGUGGAUCAUAAUCAAUAUUACUAUCAAUCAUCCUCGAGGCACAACCGCGGCAGUAACUUUUGUACAAAAUGUAUGCAUUAUGAUGACUAUGGCCAUUGUGGGGAAAGGAGAAAUGGAAGUACAUCGCCGAGCAGUUUCUCCAUGGAGAUUGGAAACGGUUGUCCUUCUCCAGGAGCUUAUUCUGUGGAAAGAAGAACCAGUAGUCUUUCUCCCAGUCCCAUUCCACUAAGCCCUCGCUUCUCUAAUAUGGCUGGUUCAGGGGAUACUUAAAAGACUUAUGUGCUCUGCAAUUCUUCAACCGCCACCCCCCAGGCAUACACAUUGUACAGUAAAUAAGUAUUGUAUAAUAUAAGAGGGAUGUACAUUAGCCUUUUGCAUUUUACCUUGGACUUAUUAGUGUAAUAAAUACAAGUAUGCUGCUACUACUGAAAUUCUGACCGGUUCCUCAGGACAAUUAAUUCGUA